CGGGCGAAGUGUAUAGAUUUUACCGAGCUCACGUCAAAACUGUCGAUCUGUCAUCAGUCAAUCUGUCAUUUAAAAAUUGUAACUGCGUGAAUUAGCGAUGUAAAUAUGAUAUUAUAUAUAUAUGCAUACUGGAAAAGUGCGUGUGCAAUUUAUCUUGGCAACAAAAAAUUAAUGAAAAAAAAUGAACUGCAUAUGUAGUUUAUAAGUAAUGUGUGCUGAGUCGAGUAUCGACCUGUCACCGCAACUGCCAGAAAUGGAGGCUGAAGUCAGAGUUGUGACCACAAGUAUUCAAACAUGUGUUCAAUCGAACUUUCGGUUCGAUUAUGUAUGAAGUUAAAAAAGUGAAUGACAUCGAUUUAUCAGCAGUAGUGCGAUUAGUUCACACACAUACACAAUCGUCGAUUUUGAACCGAAUUUCAUAGAAGUGAAGAACAAAUACUUCUAUCGAGAGACUACUACUCAAUCUAUGGAAAUUAUACGAGUUAAUGCUGUGUCGUAUUGAAGUAUAUGUAAUCUGGAGAUUAUAAUGCUCCUGCAACUAAUCGAUCUAAAUAUUGAAUUACAAAUAGUAUGAUUACUUUAGGUCGAACAAUUUUUUAUAUGUGCCUCCAAAAUAAAAAUGCAACUGUACUGAUAUGAUACAAGGAUUGGAUAGAUACACUGAUUUGAAGUUUAUACACUAUGUGUGACCUGAGGUUCUAAAGUCCAAAAAUAUUUACUGAUAUAAAUACUUGAUAAAAAAAUGCCUUAACUAUGUUUUUGUUACAUAUUGAAGGUUCGCUGAACAUUCAAGUAUAGAAUAAAUUUCUAUAAUGAUCUAUAAUGUUCAUGUAAUUAAAGACAAGUUAUAUAGAUUGCUAAUCUCAAAUCACUAAAUAAUACAGCUGUAAGUAUUAUGGAGAAGAGUGAAGGAAAUGAAAACUGUAGUGUUUCAAAUAUUGCAAAGGUAGAUAUUUCUCCAAAAUCAAAGCAAAAAAAGAAAUCUCUUUGUCGCAUAUUGAUGAACAAGAAGACUAAAGUUGGUUGCUUAGAGCCAUCUUACAAGGAUGAAGAUUCAAAUAAGAAUACUAAGAUAGACAGUUCACAACACGGAUCACAUACUAGUACUAAACUGUCUUUAUGUUGCGCAAUGACUGAACGUAGUAGAACACCACCCCAGAGCUUAACUGUUAGUAGAAUUUCUCCAACAACCUUAAGUCGUACUUCAGUUAAAUCUGAAGUAGCUUCUGUGAAUGGAGAAUGUCAAACAAAUGUACUAGUCAAGAAAGAAGAGAUAUAUGUCGAGCAUGAUAUUCAUAUGAUUCAAGAGACUAUAAUCAAAAAGAAUAAUACAGCAAAAGAGCAAUAUUGCAGUACUUAUGUUGAAGACUCAACGGAAGACUCAUUUGAAGAAUCUUCAGAAGAUGAAAAUGAACAUCUAAUUGAGUCUGAAAAAACUCAAAAAUAUUUAAAGGAUGAGUAUUUUACAAAGGGAAAGUAUAUCACUUAUUUCUUCCUGGAAAUGGAACGGCAGUUCUACAAUCCUUCAGAAGUUUACAGAAUGGUUCAAUAUCAUGAUAUUCAUUGUGAAAAGCCAGAAAAAGAAGGAGGAAAUUCUUCUUCCGGAUCGCAAUCUCCGAAUAUACCAGGACAAUUACGUCAUAAACUACUACAAAGAAGAUCCGCAGAUAAUUUAAUCACGAAUUCACCAACAAACUCUAUGAGGCAUUCUAGUCCUGAAUCUAUUAAAAGUGCACCGAUACAGCGUAAGCCACGCUCAACAUCACACGAUGCUUUGUCUAAAACACGAAACCGUUACUUUUGUCAGACGACAGGAGCGUCUAUGGAUAGUUUAGCAAAACAAUCUUUACUAGCUGCACAAGUACUUAAUUUAAUACCUACACAGAAGGCACGAGAAAGGAAUUUUCUCCAUGGGAGAAUUGCUGCUAAUUCCUUACUCGGCCCAGUAGAACUAGAGAAAGUAUUGCCGAAUCGAGAAUUGAAGAUUUUUAUUGGCACGUGGAAUAUGAAUGGACAGUCUCCGCCGAAGGAAUUAAACGAUUUUAUGUUACCAUCAGAUAUAGAAACUAUUCCUGAUUUACUAGCUAUAGGCACGCAAGAAUCAUGUUCCGAAAGAAAUGAGUGGGAAGCGGCUCUGCAAGAGACUCUCGGCCCUUCGCAUGUAUUACUUACUAGCAGUAGUCUUGGUACACUUCAUCUUGCAUUAUUUUUGAGGCGAGAUCUGAUUUGGUUCUGCUCUACUCCGGAAGAAGAUAAUUUCUCUACGAGAACUGGAACAGCAUUUAGAACAAAGGGCGCUGUGGCAAUAGCUCUUAUGAUAUUUGGUACAAGUUUUCUCUUCGUCACCGCCCAUUUAACUGCUCAUCAAGAUAAAGUAAAAGAACGAAUUAACGACAUAAAAAGAAUCGUUAGAAAUCUCGAUCUUCCUAAGGAAUUACCUAUUAAGCACAAAAGCAAAGAUGUAACACAAAAUUUUGAUUGCGUGUUUUGGUGUGGCGAUUUGAAUUUUCGUCUAGUUCAACCGAGAGAAGAGGUAAUCCAAUGGAUUACAAACACAUGUUUUCCGCAAGAGUCGCCGAUAAAUUUACAUAAAGAUCAAUUGAGAAUUAUUUUGAAUGAAGGCGCAGUAUUACGUGGUUUCGAAGAAGCUCCGAUCAUUUUCCCCCCUACUUAUAAAUACGAUCCAGGCACACAGAAUUUUGAUUCUAGCAGUAAACAACGCACUCCUGCAUAUACCGAUAGAAUCCUUUUCAAAGGAAAAGGUCACACCAGAGGGUACAUUAGACGCGUCAAUCAUGACAGCGCUAAUUCACAUAAAGACGGUACCAUAGAAUGUUUAAUAUACGAUUCCGUUCCCAGUAUUUGUACUUCAGAUCACAAACCAGUUUGGGGAGUUUUUAAAACUAUACUGAGGCCGGGCAUCGAUACAAUUCCACUUGGUGCUGGUCUUUUCAAUCGUGAGAUAUAUUUAGAAGGCAUCAGAAGACGUGCAGCCGCGAUGGACGAUUCUCUUGGAACUUCAAAAGUUUGUUCAAUUCAGUGAAGAAAUUCCAAGUUGUAAGCGCUAACAUGGUUGGUUGUAUGUAUUUGUUGAUAAGAUAUUUGUCUAUUUACGACAGUAAAUGAUAUAAUUGCUGUUAUA